GGCGAUGAAGUCUGUUUGUUUACAAAUUAUGAUAUGAUUCACGAUACAUAUCGUUGUGGCCAGGAAAUACAUUGGAGUUGACGAUAUAACUCGACCUAAUGCAAGAAUAGUAUAUGAAAAUUAAUUGUUCUUCUUGUUAUGUUUUAUUUUACAAAAUAAAAUGCGGCUUUUCUGGUCCCCAUUCAAUUCAUUAGAUCAUGAUUGAUAGAUAUUAGAUGUACCUUGCAUCUGCGUUCUGUGACUGUGUAUUCGGCACCAUGGUUACUCUGCUAAUACUACUAUUACUAGCAGAAAAUGUUGCGUCUGCUACAGUCAGGGCUGAACCUGUAAGCUGGAUAAUACAUACACGGCAUUGGUACAUGUGUGGCUUAUGACUGUGAAUCCUAACGACAGACGGAUUGACUGCGUAUUAGCUGCUGCAGAGGUCUCCUGACUCAAACCUCAUAUCGACCAUAAUGGCGACAAAUUUGGAGUUGAAAUUGGAUAUUGCUGAACCUCAUUUUUUUCGAACAAAGAAGAAUAUAGGAAAUUCCAAAGUCAAACUUUGCAAAUCUGUCCCAUCACGUUCAUUUACACAGACAAAGUCGGGUAAAUGCCCACAACGUCGAAAUUCUACAUCUAAACAUGUAGAAGUCACGGGAUUAUCCGAAUCAAAUGCGGCCAAGCUAUCCUUCCCAGUGGAGAAGAGGAGAACCUGGACACUCCGUGAUAGAAUAAAAAUGCAAGAAGAACAAGAUACUGUUAACAACAUAUCUGUUAAUUUAGCACACCUAAAUCGAUCUUCUAUCAAGCCGUUCUCUCUCCAUCAGGACAAACUCAAAGAAAGGUUCAUCAAGAAUGUCAGCAAAGAUUUAAAUUUCGGUACAGACGUAAUUACGUCUUUGGCAAGCCCUGGGUCUCUUUCUUAUGACCCCAACAUGAACACAGCGUACCUUUUUGAUGCAGUUGGGAUAUGUUCAAGCACAUUACAUGCCCCCAAGUUUACAGGCCCCAAACGCCCUCAAGUGGAAGAGAACAAACAUGUGCCUUGCAAUAUGAGUGGUGUUAUGAAAACGAAGGUGACUAACGUGAACCAGGUGGAUGAUGAGGGUCAUCUUCCGUUGUUAGUACCAGCUGCUAAGGAGUCCUCCCAGUUCUCUCUUUCCUCAGCUCCAUCAUUUCAUUAUAAAGACCUAGAGUUUCAGUUCAAUGAUAAACCUUGCGAAGACAUGAACUGGGAUACCUACAUCGUUUCUAAGCUCAGCCCAAACACAGCGAAUUGGGUUGUGAAGAAACACACAGAGGCAGACGAUUUAAGAGAAAGGUUGGAUGGAUAUCUGGAGAAACAAUAUGGCCCCUGUGAGGAUACUGCAAGCAAGAUUGAACUGGUUAAGGAAACAAUUAGUACAGAUUCAGUAGCAGUGCAUGCAGCCAAGAAUAAUUCCCCACAUACACAGUGGAAGAAGAAGGAGCUCGUAUUGCUAGAAAAGGCUUUUGCAAUGAACGAUGAAGUGCAUUCUGGCUCUCCAAAGCACUGGAGGGAAGAGAGUUUGCAUUCUGUCCAACGAAUUAACAAUAAAGAUAUUGAAGUCAAGGACGUCUAUCAAAUUAGCAACGUGUUGACAACUGAUGUUACAGGCAAUAAAUGUACCCCCACGGCCAAGCAAGGUGACCUUGCUUUAGGGGGUUCUGGCGGGAACCCGGCAACCACCGACCGGCUCUCGCCCCGAAUGCUUCUCCUAGAGCAGGAGAAGUGUUAG